AUGUUAAAACCUCAUCAGUGUGGGAUUUAAACACUUUCUCAUAUCGCAUGGCUACUUCCAAACUUCUCAGCAUUCUUUUCUUUGUGCUGUUGAGUGUAGGCAUUUGUUCCGCCGCAAGAUCACUACUUUUGAGUAUAGGUCACGGCAUUGGUGAUGAUGUCCAUGGUUCGAUUGGUGUUACUGGAGGAGGUUAUGGAGGUGGUGGAGGUUCAGGUGGAGGUGGAGGAUAUGGAGGCGUGGGGGCGCAUGGCGUAGGUGGUUACGGAGGUGGAGCUGGUGUAGGUGAAGGUGCAGGUGGAGGAUAUGGAGCAGCUGGUGGUGGCCAUGGUGGUGGUGGAGGAAGUGGAGGCGGUGGAGGCUCCGGCGGUGUUGCCGCUGGCGGAUAUGGAGGAGGAUCCGGAAAAGGAGGUGGGGAAGGGUACGGCGGGGGUGGAGGUCCUGGGGGUGGUUAUGGUGGCGGAGGUGGCAGAGGAGGCGGCGGAGGAGGUGGUGCAGGAGGUGCUGGUGGGGGUUAUGGGGGUGGCGAAGGAGCUGGAUCGGGAGGUGGAUAUGGGGGAGAACACGGUGGUGGAUAUGGAGGUGGUGGUGGAAGUGGUGGCGGUGGAGGUGGUGGUGCCGGACCUGGCGGAGCAUAUGGAGGUGGAUAUGGUAGUGGUGGAGGAUCAGGUGGAGGAUAUGGAGGUGGAGCAGCUGGCGGUGGAGGCGGUGGCUCUGGUGGCGGUGGUGGUGGGGGUUAUGGUGGUGGAGGCGCACAUGGAGGGGGUUACGGAGGUGGUGCUGGAGGCGGCGAAGGUGGUGGCCACGGUGGAUACUACCCUUGAACUUAUCAUGAAAAUCAAUGCUGAAAAAAAAAAUAUGCAAGUUCUGGUAACCAUAGUAGUUAAAGAACAAUAAGAUAUGGGUACCAUGAUGCUUAUAACCACUGAAAUUGAAGUAUAAUAUAGUUGCAUGUCUGUUAAAUGUUACGUGAAUUCAAAAGAAGCACUCGCUCGAAAGCCUUUUUUUUUUA